AUGGGAGAUAAACAUACAUGGACCAAUGAGCAAACAAAAUGCUUAUUGCAAACUUGUAUUGAAGAAGUGCAAACCGGACAUCCGAAAGCUGCUUCUUUGAAAACCGUCCCAUUAUUGUUUCCAGAGCUUUGUGCAGAACUCUUUGAUGGAAGCAGUGCAUCUGGUAAUCUCAGCUAUGCCACAUCCCAAACACCAUCGGGAUCAUCUUCUUUCCAUGGCGCACCAUUACAGCUUUUGGACGCGCCUUCCAUUAACAUAGAUGAAGAUGAUUUUUUUUCCAAUCAUACAAGUGAACAUUUUACUCAGACUCCACCUUCUGCUGCUUCACCUUCUGCUGAUUCACCUUAUGUUGCUUCACCUUCUGGUAACCCCAACAAAAGGGCUAAACCUUCAACUCCUAGACCUCGAGCUCCCAGUGCCUCACCUGAUCCACCUUCUUGUGCCUCGCCUAAAGCUUCUAUUACUGCUGAUGAUUUAGCACUGGAGAUGCAAAAAGCUCUACGCCAUUUGACUCAAGGGCCAACAAUUCCCCAGUGUUUAGAGAAGCUUGAGUUGCUCGAGUUAGACCCAAUAGACCCUAUACGAUUUGCUGCGUAUCACAUUUUUGGAGGGACCAUGAAUAUUAGAGAGAUGUGGGUAAAUUUGCCUAAUGAUCCACAAAUAUUAAGAGGAUGGAUCGAGAUGACAGCUACAAGUUUAGGAGUUUUAAAGGAUGGAAAGAUUGUUCGUUAA